AUGGAGGAACCUAUCCGCAGACCGGAAGCUAAAGGGGCGCCUCCACCCGCAGCGCCCAUACAUUCAAAACCCGUCGUUAUCCCGCCUCGCACGCCUACUCGAACUGGAACCGCAACCUCGACGCAGACAGUGAGAGCACGAGGGCACAAUGGUGGCAGACCGCUGCGCACCCCGAGGAACCACAAACCCGAUGCGAUUCCGCCAGCCGUCGCCGCCCUUCUUGCCCUCACCGAGAUCCCAAAACCACCGCCCCGACGUCGCAGAGGCCCAGGAAUGGACAGGAGAAUAUCGAUGGACGAGCUGAUCCAGGAGUGGAAGCAAGACGAGCCAGAGCUGGCGCCGUCGGUGGUUGGCUCGCCCUUGGAUUUGCUAUUAGGGCGCGUGGAUGAGUCCGAGGACGAAUAUGGUAGCUUUCAAAGCGUGGAGCAAGAGAAGGAAUCUAUGGCAUCGAGAUCUAUCACAUCUAGGUCGAUAUCUAGCGAGUCGCUAUCUACUAUACCGCCGUCUUUGGAUACUGACGCGCCUUCGUUCGCCUCUAACUGGGACAACCUGAGCACACCGGAUUCAUAUGGACGACGACCUACCCUGGAGCGUCGCGAGAAGAUUGUAUCAUCACCGCCAAAAGAGGACUGCAUUCUUGACCACCCUUUGCUUCACUUCAACCCCGACGACUGCGAUGAGAUUGCCAAUAUGGAUAUCCCCGACAUCGUCACGGCCCGUCCUGCCUCCACCGAGAGAUUCAAGUCCUUCAAGAGCAACUUGACCGCCUCACUACAGGCCCUGAAAUCCGCAGCAAAGUCAUUCUCCAACUUUACAGCGCCGAGCGUACCGCCAGAUGACCUUCUUACCCGUUCAUUACUGUCACCGAAAUUCACGAGCGAAAUGCGGCCAAAGCAGAUGCAAGGGGUGCCGUCACCCGCUCUUCGCCGCUACUUGAACCCUCAACCCGCCCCAAUUUCUCCGUCGGAACUGUCCAUGCAGCUCCACGACGCGCUAAUGCUAGAUGUGGGCGACGACCCAACGGCGCCCAUGAUCCAGAUGCAGACCUACGAGCGCCGGAGUCGCUCCUCGAGCCGCCGACGAAAAACCGCGGAUCCCUUUUCCGAAGCCGGAAGAGCGCUAUCUCCCUCGCCAGCAGUGCGCCAGCGAGAACCCAGGGAGAACAGCGACUUCCUCCGGGUCAUUGUUCUCGAAAUGAACAUGCGGCGCGUCGGCAAGCUAGAUGCGAAGGCCGUCGGCAAAGCGCGCAUAUGGUUACCCCCAAGGAAACCGGGCGCUAGCAAGGCACCUUCCGUUCAGAGCGGGAGCGGUGUGCCGGAGAGAUGGGUUGCAGUUUUGGCAGAGGAAUUGUAG